AUGCCAAAACCCCCAAACACCACGACGUUUCCCCCAGACGGGCGAAUCCCUGGAAGGCUUAGCGGCGCGCCGGCCCUGCGUCAUCGGGGCAUGUGGGGGAACCGGGGGCUGGGGACAGGCCGUCUCCAGCGUGACUCGCCCAGAGCCGAACCCAGCCAGAUUUCACCUCUAACCGUGGGGACCAGACAGGUCCUGGGGCCGAGGUACGGGUACCGUCCACCACUCCUUGCCGCAAAGGUCAUCCACCGCCCAUCAACCACCACCACCAAACGACUCCCGACUACAACUUGUCCGUCUCAACUUCACACAACCCCGUUUCCCAUUACCUCCGGUCCGAACCCUCCUGAAAUUCUCCUCCGUAGACGUACUCUGUACUUGUCGCUCAUUUGCUGCCUUUCCAAAACGAUCGCGAUCUCCAUGCGCUGA